AUGUUACUACCUAAAAGACUAUUACGACUGCUAAUUUAUUUGGCAUUUUUCUUAGCGGUCUCUCUCUUUUUGUUAUUACUUGCAAACAAACAUCAGAUUAUUGAGAUCAAUAAAUAUAUUCCGUUUGAUAUAUUUGGUACUGCGGCACCAUUAUUUUUCCAACCACCUUCGGAUCUGUUUAUUGUGGAUAUAUCAUUUAACAAUUGCUUCAAGUUAGGUUUCAAUAAUAAAAGAUGCGGACUACCUGAUGUCAGCAAAGGAUUAUUGGGUGACAAAGCACAAUGGUAUCGAUUAAAAAAAGACAUAUGUCUAGGAUCUUCAUGGAGUAAAAGACAAUAUUUAAAUUAUAAAAAAAUAAAACAUGAUGAGUUUGAAAAGUACUUGUCAGCGGGAAAGAAGAAUAAAGAAAAUGUUGUUGACGAAGUCAUUAUAGAUAUUGCAGUUGCCGAUCCAGUUAAUGAUGUUAAAAUAAAGGGAAACGAAAAAUUGAAAUUACCAAAAUACAUUAUACAAACUUUCCAUAAUGUACAAGUAUAUGAUGAUGAUACCCAUGCAAGUUUUAUGGAACAAAAUAACGACAAUAGAGUGAAUGCUGCUCCAGUAGAUGAUAAAAUACAAGCAGAAUUGGAGUCUGAUGGCAACAAGGAUAUCGAAAGUGCAGAAGAGAACCGAAAAGAAGAAGAGAGUAAGAAAGAACAAGAUGAUGAAAGAAAGGAAGCAGCACAAGAAGAUGCGAAAGAGAAGGGAAAAGAAGCAGACCAAUUAAAGCAAUCUUCAGAACAGAACGACAACGACCAUCCCAAGGAAUUUGAAGAAAACAUUAAACCUGAAUCACCUAAAGGAGACGACAAGAAAGAUAAACGGGAGAUUGUUACAAAUAGAAAUGAUUUGAAUAGAGUGCUUUAUGUUCCUAAAAUGGAUGCAGUUCUAAAAAGUGGAUGGAGAUACAAGUCUAAUGGUAUCUGGUUGAAAUAUGGUCCACAUAACAGCAAGAAUACAGUAUCAGCGAUAGAUUUAUUGUUUGGAUACGAAGCAGUUGAUCCUAGACCAAAUUGGAAUUUAAUCAAAAUUCCAAUUACCGGAGUUUCCAACCCAUCAAACUUGCCUGCAUACAUCACAUUUAGAAGAGGACCAAAAAUUGAUUACAAAAAAGAGUUUGAAACAACAUUGGCAAUGAACUCAGAGGAUAAAUUUAAAAUCCUUCAAAUCGCAGAUUUGCAUUUUUCAACUGGAUAUGGUAAAUGUUUGGAUCCCCAACCUCCAUCAUCAGCAAAAGGUUGCAAAGCCGAUUCAAGAACUUUGGAAUUUAUUAAUAAAGUGUUGGAUUUGGAAAAACCCGAUAUGGUUGUUUUGACUGGGGAUCAGAUAUUUGGUGAUGCUUCACCAGAUCUGGAAUCCUCUGCAUUUAAGGCAUUAAAUCCUUUUGUGGAACGGAAAAUUCCAUUUGCAAUCACAGUUGGAAACCAUGAUGAUGAAGGGUCAUUGAAAAGAGAGGAGAUUAUGGGUAUCUAUACUGAUAUGCCGUACUCAGUUGCAGCCAUGGGUCCCGACUCAAUUGACGGAUUUGGUAACUAUGUGGUAACCGUGCAGGGGAAGUCAUCCAAAAGUACAGCAUUGUCGUUAUAUUUUGUUGAUUCCCAUGCUUAUUCCAAGACGCCCAAAAUCACACCAGGUUAUGAUUGGAUCAAAGAGAAUCAGUUGAUUUAUCUAAAACAAGAAGCAGAAUCAAUCCAAGAUAGUGUGGAAAAAUACAGAAAGAGCAACAAGAUUCCGUUGGCAAUGGCAUUCUUUCACAUUCCAUUACCAGAAUUCAGAAACUUGAAUCAACCUUUUAUUGGAGAAAACCGUGAAGGUGUUACUGCUCCACGUUAUAAUUCAGGAGGUAGACAAGUGUUGAGGGAGAUUGGUGUAAGUGUAGCUAGUGUUGGACAUGACCAUUGUAAUGAUUACUGUUUGCAGGAUACCCAACAAUCUCUGUCAUCAGCAGAUAACAAAAUGUGGUUAUGUUAUGGUGGAGGAGCAGGGUUAGGUGGAUAUGGUGGAUAUAACGGAUACAUUAGAAGAAUGAGAGUUUAUGAACUAGAUACCAGUAAAGGUGAGAUCAAAACUUGGAAACGCAGUGAGGACAAUCCUGGUAAUGUUAUUGAUGAACAGGUAUUGGUGACAAACGGUGAAGUGGUUAAUUGGUAG